CGCCGCGAUCGAUUCCCCAUUAUAAUUCAACCCCAACCCGGCCACCCCCCCUCCACGGCGGCCAUGGCGGACUGGGCGGGGCUCCACGAGGACUUCCUCCUCCUGCUCGUCCCGCGCCUCCCCUCCCUCGACCUCCGCACCUUCCGCGCCGUCUGCGCCUCCUGGCGCGCCGCCGCGGCCACCUUCGCCUCGGCCGGCGGCCGCCCGCGCCCCGACCGCCCCUGGCUCCUCCUCCCCGCCGACGCGCCCGACCCGGAAUUUCGCCGCCUCGUCAUCCGCCGCGACCGCGAGGUCCCCGUCGUCACCCUACCCGCGCGCCUCGGCCGCGCGCACGACCGCCGCUUGUUCCCCCUCGGGUCCUCCCGCGGCGUCAUCGUGGCCGCCGACGACCGCGGGGCCAUGCACCUGCUCGACCUCUCCACCGGUAGGCGCGCGCCUCUGCCCCCCGUCGCGGCGCUCCCCCUCGCCGACCGCGUCGAGAGGACCCCUGCCGGCCUCACUGUCCACCUCAAACGCGACCCACGGGUGUACUCUAUCGACGGCCUGAUCCACCGCGAGGACACCCUGAUCCGCAAGGCCGUCCCGGUGCCCACGCCCGUCGGCGGGGCGAUGGUGAUCGUCAUCUACUACCCAGAGGGCCAUCGCCACCAGUGGGCCACCGCUCGUCCCGGCGACAGCGCCUGGAAAUCCGUGAAGCCGAGCAGCAUCCCCGCCGUGGUGGACCUGGCGCUCCACCGCGGCCAGCUCUACGCCAACACCCUCUUCGGGAUGGUGUACGUCUACCCGGAGCUGCACGGGCUGGGCUCCGCGUCCCCGGAUAUCAUCCCGUCCAUGACUCGGAGGCCUACCUCGGGCUUGAAGAGCAGCUUACUCGUGCAGACCCCGGGAGGCGGCGCGCUGAUGCAGGUGGAGUUCGUCCGCCCCGCGGUGGAUGGCGAGGGCGGGGAGUUCGUGGUUCGCGUGCUGGACGAGUGCGGCGGGACGUGGGAGGAGGAGGAGGACAUCGGCGACGUGGCGGUGCUCGUGGACGCGUCGGGCGCGGUGGCCGUGUCCACGAGGGAGUGCCCCGGGCUGAGGCCCAGCACCAUCUACUACGCGGACCUCGACGGUGGUGAGACACGGGUUCGGGCGUACAGCCUCGCCGGCAAGCACAAGAAGGUCGAGGUCGUCGAGUCCCUCCCCAGGGCGGAGGGAAACAACCGGCCGUGCUUCUGGUUCACGCCGGUCUAUUCACAGUGACAAUGUGUUUGAUCCUGAUCAAUGUCCGUUUUUAGUCUUGCUAAAUUGCUAGGCGUCGUCUCUCGUCUGAAUUGUUGCAUAUGAGUUGCGGUAGCGAUGUGGAAGGAGCUCUUCUUGCGUUUAUUCAUCCUAGGAACUAUGGGUCUGCACGCCAAUGCUACUAUCCAUGCUAUGUACAAUUGUACAGACAGGAAACUGAACCUGCCUCUGUGUGUGUCGUCACCAAUUUUCAUAA